CGGCGCCCUCUCUCCCUCCCUCCCCCCCUCUUCUUCCUCGUUCACUUCAAGUCGCUCGUCGCUUUUCUUGUCGCUUUGCUUUAAAAAAAAAUUCGGAUAAAAAACACAAACAAACAAACGACCCCCCUCCUCCCCGAAUCGACGCAAAUUUCUCCUUACCCUCCCUCGCUUCCUCGGCGAUCUAACAACAACAACAACAUCAAUAAAAGACUAAACGCGCAGCGCGGGAGAAAGUCAUGCCGGCCAUCACUACGAAGGCGGUGAGCGCGGCGGCGGCAGCAGCAGCCGGGGCGGCCUCGGGCGCCGCCGCCGCCACCGCUGUCGAGACGGCGUGGUCCGAGCCGCUACGCCAGGCGCUGCUCGUGCUCGAGAAGAAGGCGAGGAACCUCGAGAAGAGAAAGUCCAAGUUGGAUGAUUACAAAGCCAAGCUUAACGAUGGACAUGCUCUCAACCAAGACCAGCAGGAAGCCGUUGCUAAGUAUAUGGAGGUCGUCAGCAGCCUGGAAUUUGCCCGAGACCUACUGAAGACCUUUGCUUCACUCAACCAAGAUGUGCAGAAGGUGCAGAAGAAGGCGGCGCGGCGUGAGCACCUGCUGCGCGAAGAGGCCGAGCAGAAGCGCUUGCGGCUCGUGCUGGAGGUGCAGUACAUCCUCGACAGCCUAGGCGACGGGGAGGCAGCACGCCUCGACUUCUUGGCCGGCCAGAACGGUGCCGCUCUGCUCUUGACCCAGGAAAUGGCCUACCUGGACGACCUCUACAAGCUCGUCAACCCUGAGCGAGUGGAGACCACCAGCUUUGAAACCCAGAUGGAGCAAGCAUCGCAGCACUUAUGGGAUCUGGUGGAAGGGAAGGAUAAACCAGUUGCAGGAACUACUUACAAAAUCAUAAAGGAGGUCAUCGAUCGGGUCCGUGAAUGUAGCUACUUCGAUAACAUCCACACGCCACAGAAUGGGCUUCAGGAGGCACCAUCAGAGGAACAAGACCUUGCAAGUUCUCCCGAAUCAGAAAAAGAGGAGAAAGAAAUUCCACUUCCACCUGAGCCUCAGCCGCAGCCACAGCUGCAGCAGUUGCAGCAGCAAGUCCCAGAAAUUGAACCUGAACCCAUUGAGGAAUUUGAAAAUGUGUGUGAAGUCCAGCCACGUGAGUUUGUCAAUACACAUUUCCUGGCAGCAGCAACCAAGACAGACUUCAUCCCCAAACAGACGGAAGAGAUUCCUUCGUGGAAUUCCGAGCCUGUUGAGCAGCGGCCCAUGCCUGUGACGGAACCCUCACCGGUCGUAGAGGCCCAGGUGGUCCCCCCCGCUCCAGCUCCUGCCCCUCAAGACCCCGUGCUCCGCCAGCAGCACGUCCAGGACCUUAUGGCUCGCAUUCAGGGAACCUUUGAUUUCAUGCAGGAUUCCCUGCUGGAUUACGAGCCUCCUGUGGACCCUGCAAUUGUGGCGGCUCAGCCCAUGGCUCCUGUGGAGCUGCUGGAGGGGUCUACCAUGGCAUCUGCAGUCGAUAACAGAGUGAAUCAGUCUGACAUUCCCCAACAGUCUUCUAAUCAAAUGCCCCUCCUAUCCGCAGCACAACUCCUUCCUGCCCCCUCUUCCCUUCUGCAGUCUAACCCUGUCCCUAGCUUAGCUGUGCUGGCCACAGAUGCUGGUGCCACUGAGCAGCUGGGACAGAUUCCCAUGGUUUGUACAGCAGUGAGUGAUGCGUACGUUCCCGCACAGCCGCUCUACCAGAGCGCACCACACAUCCCCGACGCCCUGCCACAGCAGCCCACCAUCGACCCGACACAGUGCUUGCCUCUCGCUUCCGAGCAGAUCCCAGUGGCUGGAAAGCCGUUGAGCAGUGGUGGAAUUAACGUCAAUGCUGCACCCUUCCAAUCGAUGCAGACGGUUUUUAAUGUGAACGCCCCACUGCCGCCUGAGACGGAAGUGAUCAAGCAGCAGCUGCCACCCUCGCAGCCCCCAUACAGCACCGCCAGCUACAGCACGCAGCCCCAGACCCACCAGCUGUCCCAGCCAGGAGCCCUGGCACAGCUGACAUUGGAGACAGAUGCCUUCCAAACUGUGGUGAGUAGCAGCUACCAGGCGCCCCAGGAGACCCUCUCGACGUCGGCCGGCCAGCCCCAGGGAGGCGUGGGUGGGGGGGGCGGCUUCUCGAGGCAGGCGCAGACCUUCUACAACAGCCGAGGGAUGCCCAGGGGCACCGCGCGGGGCAUGCGCAGCAGCACCAACGGGUACCGAGCGUCCAACAACUAUCGGGGCGCCCGCGGAGGCCCCUUCAACGGUGCUAAUUACGAAGGAUUCCACGUUGGCUAUCCAGGAUCGGCAAACAAUUACGGACAAAACUCCUUCGCCCCUCGCAACUACAGCAUGGGCUUCCACCAGCAGGAGGGAGGCUACCAGACGGGCUACAAGCGUGGUGGCACGGGACCAGCAGGGCCUCGUGGUGCGCCUAGGGGCGGAGGCCGUGGCACUUCUCCUCUCAUGAAGUCGCGCUUUAAGAGUCCCAUGACCGGCUCGAUGACAGCUCAGUCCGUCGAGUAGAUGCUCAUCCCAUGCAGCCCCCACCCCGUGUGACCCAGCUUUCCCGGACCCUCUCCCCUUCCUCCCCCCAGGUUUAGAGCCCACUUAGACUUUUAUUUCCAUGCCAUUGCUCGGUUUCCGUAACGCGGAAAAGUAGAAACCUCCUUAGGUAACCAUUAUAACAGCUAAGUGUUUGUUACUGUUUAAGCCAAGAAGCAAGGACCUUUUUUCUUCGAACGCUUGAUGAGAAAAUGAAUAUGAACGAGCAGGACUGCUUAUUAUGGAUCAGCCACUCCUAGUUUUAAGUAAAGCAAAAGUGACGAACAUUGAAGUUGAUAAGGAAACCACUGUUUUAAAAAAUACAUAUAAAAAACGAAAAAAAAUGAAAAAAAAUUGCAAGGUUUAAAGUGAACGCAUUUUAUGGUCUUGGAAAAGAGUCUUCCUUAGCUUUGUUCACCACCCCCUUCUAAAAUUUUUAAUAUCUGAGCACAGUCAGCUUGUGCAUGAUGUCCAAAAGCGGGCCACCCUUUGUAACGCACUAUUCUCCACAGUAACUAUUCCCGACUGUUGCGCUGUUUAUUCACCAUUAAAAGUUCACUGAAACGUAAA